CUCCCCUACUGAGAGGCUCGCCGCGAAGCAGAGCUACAGAUUGAGAACGAUGCUGGCGGUGCUGUUCAACGCCGAUUUAUCAACGUUAUUAUGUCCUAAUAAUCUUGUCAAGGCAUAAACGAGCUUGGUAGUUUCACUACAUGUUUUGAAGUUUGAACUUUGAACUCAGCUUCUUGCUUUCAGUUUUUAUAACUGAAUGCGUUUAGAGGUUUGGGACUUGUUGCAUUUGAGAAAAUGGUGUCAGCUUUGAUCUAUCGUGCUUCGCGAAGGUUCCUAAAACCUUCCAUCAUCAACCCUUUGAUCUCAUCUCAACAAUCCGUAUACCGAAACCGCGGUCUAAUUCUUUCACUCAGUCCAGUCAAGCCAUCUCACCUUCGGAUUUCCAAUUUUGAAUUUUGUAAAAGCGUUAGAUCUCUCCCAAAUUUACAAUUUAUUGUGCACAUAUCUUCGUUGCCUUCGAAGGAAAACAAGAAUCAAAGUAGUAAUGCCGGUAGUGGAGGGGAUAUCUCUUGGAUUGACUUGUACUUGCCUACGAAGGUUCAGCCCUAUGCUCGGCUUGCUCGGCUCGAUAAGCCGAUCGGAACAUGGUUGCUUCUAUGGCCUUGUAUGUGGUCAAUUACCUUGGCUGCACCCCCAGGGCACCUUCCUGAUUUUAAAAUGUUGGCUCUGUUUGGAUGUGGGGCUUUGCUUUUAAGAGGUGCUGGGUGUACUGUUAAUGAUCUCAUUGAUCGGGAUAUUGAUACAAUGGUAGAACGUACAAAGUUGAGACCUGUGGCAAGUGGUCUUUUGACACAAUUUCAAGGACUUAGUUUUCUUGGUUUUCAAUUACUUUUAGGUCUUGGGAUUCUUCUGCAACUGAAUAAUUAUAGCCGUGUUUUGGGCGCCUCAUCCUUGUUGCUCGUGUUUUCCUAUCCCCUCAUGAAGAGGUUUACAUUUUGGCCGCAAGCGUACCUUGGGUUAACCUUUAAUUGGGGGGCUUUGUUAGGAUGGACAGCAAUUAAAGGGAGUCUGGAUCCAUCUAUUGUGCUGCCACUUUAUGUCUCUGGAGUUUUUUGGACUCUUGUGUAUGAUACUAUCUAUGCACAUCAGGAUAAAGAAGAUGACCUGAAAGUGGGAGUUAAAUCAACAGCUUUGCGUUUUGGUGAUUCGACAAAGGAGUGGAUUACUGGGUUUGGGAUUGCAUGCCUUAGUAGUCUUGCUCUUAGUGGGUAUAAUGCUGAGAUAGGCUGGCCAUAUUAUGCAUUUCUGGCAGUUGCGUCUGGACAGUUGGGCUGGCAAAUAUGGACAGUCGACCUUUCAUCACGUGCUGACUGCAAUAGGAAAUUUGUCUCAAAUAAGUGGUUUGGAGCUAUCAUAUUUGGGGGAAUCCUAGCAGGAAGACUUUCAUCAUAGGGGUAAAUUUUGCCUAUUACCGUAACUGACAUUCCUAGGAAGUUGCAUCUGAUUAAUCUUUGUAUAUUUACAGUUAUCUUGUAUAGAACAUGUUUCCAGAGGCAAUUAGUUAUGGCUGAGCUUUACUCAUUACAUGUUCAAACAUGUUCUUUUUGUUAUUUCUUCUGAACGAAGUGUUGAAACAUGGUUACUGAUAUAAUAUUUGUACACAGAAAUGGAACAGUUUUCC